AUCUACGGUCAGAAUCAACCAUUCCAAGGUGAAUGAAGUUGCAUGUUUUAUCCUGUGGUUGAUAUUUUUUAUCAUCAUAUUCCUACAAAAUGGAGUUUCUUUUAGGCAUUCAGGGUCCUGAUUAUGUUUUACUUGCAUCCGACAUGAAUGCAGGAAGAAGUGUUUUUGUCUUCAAACAUGACCAAGAGAAGAUGUUUCCUUUGAGCAGUAAGCUCCUCAUGUUGUGUGCUGGUGAGUCCGGUGAUACUGUCCAGUUUGCAGAGUAUAUCCAGAAGAAUAUUCAGCUCUACAAGAUCAGGAACGGUUAUGAACUGUCACCCAAAGCAGCUGCUAACUUCACAAGGAAAAACCUGGCAGACUUCCUACGCAGUAAGACACCAUACCAGGUGAACCUACUCUUAGCUGGUCAUGAUGAGACGGAUGGUCCUUGCCUGUUCUACAUGGACUACCUGGGUUCACUGCAGCAGGUCCCUUUCGCUGCUCACGGCUACGGAUCCUACUUCACACUGAGUAUCCUUGAUAGGCACUACAGGAGAGAUAUGACUCGGGACCAAGCAGUUGAAGUGUUGAAGAAGUGCCUAUUAGAGGUCCAGAAGAGGUUCAUUGUCAACCUCCCAACGUUCCAGAUCCGCAUCGUCGACAAGGAUGGUAUUCAUGAAUUACCCAACCUCCCUUUAAAGCCUGCAAAAGCCUAGCAUUACCAUGGCAAUCCAUGAAACAUAUUUUGUAAAUAAUGCAUACUGUAUGUUCUUUUGUUAUCGUUAUUCUCAAAGCCUCUUAGGCUGUGGACCAUUUUGUGAAUGAGACAAGACGAGAAGGUAGUAAGGAAAAAUGAAGGAAACUUUAAGCUCCCAUGAAUAAAUGUUUUAAUGCAGCAUUGCAGGUGCAGUGAUCUCCUCCCUUCCCUUUCUUGCUUGCUGUUGUUGCAAGUUUACAUCUGUAACAGUAGCGAAUCACACAGUGAAAUCUAAUCAAUGUGUAGAUUCAUGUUUACAAGGGAUAUACAUAUAUAUUCUUUUCUUCUAUUUGAUAAAUCUAUUAUGCCUCCUUUGUAGAACAUACACCCAUGUAUUUCUACAAAAGGACACCAGUUUGAGUUUGUAAAAGAGAAAGAAUGAAGGGAGAUCCAUGUCUCGGGCAGUUGCUGGUAGUGUAGUAGGUACAUAGAUGAUGUUUGUGUUGUUGGGGUGUAGCUGGGAAACAGAUGAGAUUCGGUUUAACUGGAUUCCAGGCCCACUGAUGUAAUUAUUCUACCAAGAUUAACAUUGAUGUGUAACGGUCUCAUGUGGCAUAAAUACUUACCAUUGCCUUGCUACAGGAACCUGGUAACUCCAGUACAAAGCCUAUACACAAGAAAAUCCAGGAGUCCAAUAAAAAGAACACAAGGUGUUUCCCUAUCAGUGUCGUAGACUUAUUCAACAGUAUACAUGUAAUAAUAAUAAUGGGUUAAAUAAUAUUGAAGGAGUGAUGCAGGGUGAAAAGUUUUUGUUUAUUCUCAUCAGAGCACACAGAAUUUUGCCCAGCCACAAUGAAUGAAUUUACUGUUACUUUUAUCUUUCUUCCAACCUGUCAUCAAAUUCCCUGCUAAAGUGGACUGUAUAUUUUCCCUGGCAGUUUAUGGAUAAUAUGAUACUUAUGCCCAUAAAAAAAACAAAUUUCUUAAAGAUUGUAACCAUAGCACAUGGCUAUUGUCACUUUUUGUUCUACACCUGAUCAUUUUUGUAAUGAUUAAAGCGAAGAUACAUGUAUUUUGGUUCAGCAGUUUUGGUUCAUAGUUCAUCUAGUACAUUUUAAGUGGAAUGUCAAAAGUAAAUUUUGAAUUCUCUUACACUAGAGUGACUAGACCUCAAGUUAAUUAAUGUGAGAUGUUGAUUUGUUUUGUACAUGUACAGAUGUAAUAAACUCUUCAAACUAUUA